UUUUUCCUGAGAGAGAAAAAGGAAAACCAAAUAAUAAAAUUGGUGAUCCAAGAGAAAACCAGGGUUUCCAUUUUGGUUGCACCACCACCGCUCGCUUUACUCCCGCGGUGUCUCUGUCUCUCUUCCUCCGGGAGACGAGAACGUUUAUUAAGAAAAUCGGGUCAGGGUUAUCUUGAUUCAUUUAUUGUUGGUUGAUAAGAAGAAGAAGAAGAAGUAAGAAGGAAAAGAUGAGUAUAGAUGUAAUAACUCCCAACUCUCAUGGAAAUCUUGAUGAAGAGAUUGCUCAGCUUAUGCAGUGUAAACCCUUGUCUGAGCAAGAGGUAAGAGGAUUAUGUGAGAAAGCAAAGGAGAUACUAAUGGAAGAGAGCAAUGUACAGCCAGUAAAAAGCCCUGUCACAAUUUGCGGUGAUAUUCAUGGGCAGUUUCAUGAUCUUGCAGAACUUUUCCGAAUUGGAGGAAAGUGUCCAGAUACCAAUUACUUGUUUAUGGGAGAUUAUGUGGAUCGAGGUUAUUAUUCCGUUGAAACUGUAACGCUGCUGGUGGCUUUGAAAGUGCGCUACCCUCAGCGAAUUACCAUUCUUCGAGGAAACCAUGAAAGUCGUCAGAUUACACAGGUUUAUGGGUUUUAUGACGAAUGCUUACGGAAGUAUGGCAAUGCUAAUGUAUGGAAAACCUUCACGGAUCUCUUCGACUAUUUUCCAUUGACAGCUCUGGUUGAAUCGGAAAUAUUUUGUCUGCAUGGUGGACUAUCGCCGUCUAUUGAGACCCUCGAUAAUAUACGAAAUUUUGACCGUGUUCAAGAAGUUCCUCACGAAGGGCCUAUGUGUGACCUCUUAUGGUCUGACCCUGAUGACCGAUGUGGAUGGGGUAUUUCACCCCGUGGAGCUGGAUAUACUUUCGGCCAAGACAUAUCUGAGCAAUUUAACCAUACCAACAAUUUAAAGCUGAUUGCUAGAGCGCAUCAACUUGUCAUGGAGGGAUUCAAUUGGGGACAUGAACAAAAAGUGGUUACCAUAUUUAGUGCACCUAACUAUUGCUACCGUUGUGGAAACAUGGCAUCUAUCUUGGAAGUUGAUGACUGCAGAGGGCACACAUUCAUCCAGUUUGAGCCAGCUCCAAGGAGAGGAGAGCCUGAUGUGACUCGCAGAACUCCCGACUACUUCCUAUAAUAUAACUGGGCACAAGUUUAUUGCUGAUCUCCCAGCGGCAAAUACUACCUACAGAUCUUGCUUACUUGUUAACACAUUGACAUCAAAAUGAGGUGGCUCCAUUCCCGAUUCUUGUUUAGAGGUCUCUGUAUUGGAUAUAUGAUCUGUAAAUUUUUUUACCCUGCUAUGCCUACUUUGAUGGUGGUGGAGAUGACUUCAGAAAAAAAGAAAAGAAAACAAUAGCAUAUGUAAUGCUCUGAAACUAGUACUAGUGUACUACUGUAAUGGGUAUCCUUGCGAACAGUGGCAGUGGAGCUAGCAACGCUGCAGCAGCAUGUAACAUUUUGCAGCAAAAAGAAUAUGUGUUUAUUUUUGUUUUUUUUGUUUUUUCUUGUUAUUUAUGGAAUAUGUAGAGGGAAGAAAAGGGGAUAUUACAAUUAUUAUUCUUUUUUCUUUUUCUUGGGUGUUGUAGUGAAGUCAGUUGUUUUAGGGUUUUGUUAAUCGUAAGUUGAUUGUGAUUUGAUUCUAGUAAUGAUAGCGGGUUCCCUUCAAGCUCUCA